CAUUCUCACGCAUGUCUUUUGGACGCCCACCAUCAAUUAACGUCGGAUUCAAGACUUCCCCUCCAGAUCGCGGUUCUUUUCCUCUGGACCAUGAUGGCGAGUGCAAGGAACAGAUGAUGCAAUACAUGGCUUGCUUGCGCAAGAAUUCUAGUGAAUCCACCCCGUGCAGAGUAAUGAGCAAACAAUACCUUGAUUGUCGAAUGACCAAAGGACUGAUGGAGCGUGAUGAAUGGAGGAAUCUUGGAUUAGCCAACCUUGAAGGAGAUUCCGCCGAACCAACGCGCACUUCAUCCUGAAUGUAUCUACACCUGCUCCACAAAACGAAAUCCAUGGAACAUCGCGGAUCUGACGAACAUCUGGCUGAGGCGUGAGUUGCAACGAGCUGUAGUAAUGCAAGAGUACACCACCAUCAUAUGACAGCAAGGUCUAUGUCAUAUCCACGGAGCAAUGGACAUGGGGAACGGGAAGGGGUGGUGGAUCCUAAGUUCUUUUUCAUGGCAUUAGCGAGACUGGCAUGAUCAAUAAUCGAUAAUCUCCGGCAGAGCUUGUCGCAGAGGGGCGCUCAACAGCACUCGACUAUAGUCUAUAGACCCGGUCACCCGCCGGCUUGUAACGCAUUUCGGUUUGUUUACACCCCGUACACAUUGGAUAGUACUACCGGGGGGUCUCAUAAGCCGUUCCAGGUCUGAGUAUCCCCAUUAAAUAUUAGCGCACGGUCUUUAUCUCCUGACCGUGGAUUAUGGAGCGCUCGAUGUAUGAAACUAGCUUUUUCCAUCGUCG